CAUCACGCAGUACUCUAAGCAUCCACUAGAUUAUAUACGGCUGAGGUUCAGGUUGGAUCAUUUAUUCUUCAGCGCAAUGAAAUCUCUGUAUCUCGUGGUAAUUUGUGUUCUCCUACAGCAGAGCGCUGCUGAUUUGGAUAAAGUAUUUUCUUGGUUCGGUAAGUUUAAAGAAAAACUAAAGAUUAAACCGGACACCACGACGGCCACCCCUAUAAAGAGAGAAACCCAACCUACUCAGAGAAGCCGGGCUAAAAUGUACACAGAUGAGCCUCUUGGUACAAAAGCGCCCAUGUUACCGAACACGGAAGAUGCUAUAAAGAACAUACAGGAGGGGCUUAAGGCGGAAAAGCUGGCGCGGGUGAAUCUUCAAAAAGCAAUAGAAGAACUGAAGAAAUCUCUUUCUGAGGUUGAAGAACUGAAGAACCUGCAAGUGACCAAGUGUGAAAGUGGAAUAAUACCCAGCCCUUACUGCAAUCCCCCCAGCCACUCAUGUUUCAAUGGGAAAAGAUCAGCUCGAUUCAGGCUGAAGUUCACCGAACCCCCAGCGGUAACAGUGGGACUGGUUCACCUUGACCUGUCGACUUCAGCAAACACACGUGUAAGCACGGCAGAAGACAUUCACUCUCAGCAGUUCGCUCCAAAAGUGACAAAAGAAACUGUGUCCGUGACAUUUCAUUGUUGGAACACCUCAGUGUGUUAUAUGGCAGCAGUUUCUUGGAUGGCAUGUGGCCCCGUCACGGUCUAAUAUAACAAGCGUCAAAGUAUUGCCGUUUGUGAAAAUGCAUUUUCAUCACUUACUUUACGAAUAUUGCUCUUCUCAAUAGAUAAGCCAUUGGGUUAUAAUAAAGAUUAUUUCUCCGGU